UGUAGUGGGAGGGUCCAGGAGGAGUCUGUUCAAGGAACCAGGCUGAAGUUACAGGAAAUCCCACCAUUCCCUGUCGGACGUCAGGAUCUUUGGUGUCAGAACUGGGUGAGGAAGACCCGGCCGGGUAUUCGGGGACCUGAAAUCUCCGCGGAGCCGCAGUCGCCGCGCGGGGCGGCCUGGGAAAGUCACCAGUCAGCAGCGCAGUGGCGGGAACCGCAGCCCGGCGGCCCUGGAACCUCCCAGGGCUAACUGACCACCCAGACCUGCUCACGUGCAGCAGAACAAAGUGGCUUGGAAGAUGGAGAUUGAGGAGACAGUAGCUAAGGAUCCAGAAAUAAUUCUGGAGACUUCCACUGAGAAAAAUCUCAGGAUUACCCUAAUGUAUUCAUGAGAAGGCUUUCUACAGAAGAAUUGAUAAUGGAGUCAAAUAAAAUUUUAUUUGACUAUAUAUUAGGCAACCGUGGGCAACAGCAGUACCCUGCAAUGUUUGGAAGUCUCUUGGACAACUGUGACCAACAACUUCAAAGCAGGCUUUUUACACCUAGUGUCGGUCAUUUUGUUAGAAAUUCUUUGACUCUUGUGAGGAGCAUCAUCAGUGCAGUUGGGAAAUUUUCAUUUACACUCGAAAUGUAUAUGCUUACAGAGACUUUUAUGUAGUAUAGGAGUUUUUUUUGAUGGAUGGAUAAUAGUCAAGGAAUAGAUGGAUUUCUUAUGAAUUUUUCAGACAUCCUUACAGUUCUUUUACCCUCCGUCUUCUGUUUAUUUCUGUCCCUUCUCCAUAGUUAAAUCCUCAUCCUCUCCCCUUUUUUUUCCAUUUCCCCCUUCAGAUCACUUGGUCCCUGUUACUCCAUCUCUAUUACUCCCCCACACCCCACAGUGAUCUCUUCUUACUUUUCUUGUCACUGCAGUCACUACAGGUUGUGUACUCACAUCUGAAGAUUUGGAACUAAGAACUUCCUAUAAGAGAGAACAUGCAAUAUCUGUCUUUCUGGGUCCAGGUUACCUCACUCAAUAUGAUCUUUUCUAAGUCCAUCCAUUUAGCUGCAAAGCUCAUUAUUUCAAUUUUCUUUACAUGAAUAGUAUUCCAUAAUGUAUAUGUAUCACAGUUUCAUUAUCCAAUUGUCAGCUGAAGGACAUUUAGCUUGUUUCCAUUUUGUAAAUGUUGUGAGUAGAACAGCAAUGAAAUUGGGUGAGCAAGUGUCUAUGGAGUAGGAUGUUGAGUCCCUUGAGCUUAUACGAAGGAAAGGAACAGCAGAGUCAUGUGCUGAAUUUAUUUAACUUCAGGGUUUGUUUAAUUAGUUGAGGAUUCUUUAUUUUUAUUUUUAGCGUGGCUAUUUUUUUUAUGGCAUUUUUAUUUCCUAUGGUUUUGUUUAUGGUGUUGCUGGUCGGAUUAUUGGUAGUAUUCUUCUUCCUCCUUUUUGAGAAAGUGGUUUGUUGUCUUGCUCAUGGAUGAUUACUUCCAAAGUCUCCUGUAUUUCUCUAUUCUUCACAUGAAAGUUAUUAUUGCUCCUGUUCUCAUGAAUGAUUCUCUGACUCUCCUGUGUAAAUUUUGCCUCUAAUUUAUUACCUGAGUGCUGCUUUAGUGAAAUCAAUUGUGAUAAUUGGUGACUAUCUUGAAAUGCACUUAUGUCUCCAUCAAUUUUAAGAGAGUAGUUUUCUUUGUGCUACAGGAUACUUGAUGGUGAUUUUCUCUUCAAGCUUCAACUGUCUUUUCAUGCUGUCCUGUCUUUGGGAUCAUUGACUAGACACCUGGUAGAAUUCUAUUGCUUGGGUCUUUCCAUGUGGUUUGACAUUGUUCUCUAACAGCUUUUAGUAUUAAUUUUAACCCUUUCAUUUUGACCCCUUGAUUUGAAAGGGAAGUGUCCAUCUAUUCAUUUUUCCUGAAAGAGAAACUCAAAGAAGAGAAACCGUAAGAAAUGGCUGAUUCUCCAGUAAACAUGUUGCAGAGUGAGAAUAUUCAUGAGAGAAUAUGACCAUAUUAGAAAUCUUCUCUUUGAGGUCUGUUGACAUUCAGGGAUGUAGCUGUGGACUUCCCCCAGGAGGAGUGGGAAUGCCUGGACUCUGCUCAGAAGACUUUGUACAUUGAUGUGAUGUUGGAGAAUUACAACAACCUGGUCUUUGUGGAGAACUAUUGCAAAUGUGAUCCUGUCCAUCAACAUCUGAAGACUGAAAUGAAAUCUUGUCAGUAUAAGGAGCUUGGGAAAGUGCUUCAUGACCACUCCAGAUAUGCACUUUAUAAAACAUGUAAAACUACAGAAAACUGUAAUAACUACACAUGUAGUAACAACAAAGAUACCUCUACUGACUUAUCAAACCUAGAUAGACAUGAAAGUAUGCACACUAGAGAAGAACCUUGCAAAUCUGAAGACCAUGAGAAAUCCUUAAAUUUGUGUUCCAUCAUUACUCAAAAUCAGAGACUCUACACUGCAAAGAAGGAGCAUAGGCAGGGAGAAUAUGAUGACUAUUUUGCCUCUGCAUAUAGUCUUUUGCAACAAGCAAUUCGAGAGACACCACACCAAUGUGGGAAAUGCAGAAAAUGCUUUAUGACUGCCUCAUACCUCACUGAACAUGAGAGAAUUCAUACUGGAAUUAAGCCCUACAAGUGCAAUGUUUGUGAAACAUCUUUUACCCAGCUUUCAAGUCUUGAUAUACAUCUAAGACUUCAUACUGAGGAGCAUCCUUACCAAUGCAAAGAAUGUGGAGCAUCAUUUCAUCAGUUGUCAGCAUUUCAUAGCCAUAAGAAGUUGCAUAAUGGAGAGAAACCUUAUAAAUAUAAGGAAUGUGGCAAAUCCCUUGCCCACUCUUCCACUCUCAAGAAACAUCAGAAAAUGCAUAUUGUUGGGAGAAAUUAUAUUUGUCAAGAAUGUGGCAAAGUCUCUCAUCAUCCUUCACACUUUAAAGAUCAUUCCAGAGUCCAUACUGGAGAGAAGCCUUUCAAAUGCAAUGAGUGUGACAGAGCCUUUCCCCACUAUUCAUCAUUGAGUAGGCAUAGGAAAACUCAUUAUCCAGAGCAAUUAGACAAAUGCAAAGAAUGUGGUAAGUCCUUUCUUGAAUUAUCACAUCUUAAAACUCAUUACAGAAUCCAUACUGGUGAAAAGCCUUUCAAAUGUAAGGUAUGUAACAAAUCCUUUACCCAGCACUCAACCCUUAAAACACACCAGAGUGUUCACACUGGGGAGAAGCCUUAUAAAUGUACGGAAUGUGACAAGUCUUAUACUAGAUUCUCAUCUCUAAGAGCACAUCAGAAAAUUCAUAAUGUAGAGAAACUUCACAAAUGCAAAGACUGUGAAAUAUCCUUUAUUGAUCUUUCGAGUCUUAUAAAACAUCUAGGAGUUCAUACUGGAGAGAGACCUUACAAAUGUAAGGAAUGUGACAAAUCCUUUACCAGUUUCACAGUUCUUAAAAGACAUCAGAUAGUUCAUACUGGGGAGAAACCUUACAAAUGUAUGAAAUGUGACAAGUCCUUUACCCAGGAGUCAAAUCUUAGAAGACAUCAGAGAGUUCAUACUGGAGAGAGACCUUUAAGUUGUAAAGAAUGUGACAAAUCUUUUACAAGGUGCUCCUACCUCAGAGCACAUGAGAAAAUUCAUAAUGGAGAGAAACCAUACAAAUGCACAGACUGACACAUCCUUUAUCCUGAUUUUGAGUCUUAGAAGACAUUAGAAAAUUCAUACUGGAGAGAAACAUAUCAUUGUAAAUAAUGUGACAUAGCAUUUUCCAGUAGUAUCUGCUUUCAAAUCACAACAGUACAUACAAUAGAAACAUUAAGAUCACAAACUUGUGAAAGUUUAAUGAAGGUUUAACUCUUAAACAAUAUCUUAGAGUUUAUAUUAAAAUAAAAUUCUGCAAAUGUAAGAGUGGGAAAAGCUUUCUAUUUCUUUCAAUGUGUAUACAUCCUUUGCCUGCAAGUGUGACUCACAAAUAUAGAAUAAAUAGGAUAUCUUCUUUAAUUUUACCAAAUACAAAUAGACUAGAUAUUAUAACUAUAAUUCUUGCUUGAUAAUUGUUUUGUUAUAUGUAAUUUUACUAUGUUAAAGUUAAAACCUUCCUUUUUGAAAAAAAGAAAAGGGGAAGUGCUGGGGAUGUCUUUCUGUAUGCUGUGAAUGUGUUGCUCUGAUUGAUUGAUAAAUAAAAUGCUGAUUGGCCAGUAGCCAGACAGGAAGUAUAGUAUAGGCAGGAUAAGCAGAGAGGAGAUUUCUGGGAGGAGGAAGGCUAAGUCAGGAGAUGCUUCCAGCUGCCACCAUGAGAAGCAAGAUGUAAAAGUACUGGUAAGCCACAAGCCACAUGGCAACUUAUAGAUUAAUAAAAAAUGGGUUAAUUUAAGAUAUAAGAACUAGAUAGCAACAAGCCUGCCAUGGCCAUAUGGUUUAUAAGUGAUAUAAGUUUCUGUGUGUUUACUUGGGUCUGUGUGGCUGCAGGCCCCGGCAGGACUGGAGAAAACUCCAGCUACAAAUUGCGCCAGAAUGUGCGGUAAGAGUUUCCACCUAGACCUGAGAAAGAAGAUUCUAAAACGGAGCUAAAAACAGCUUCCUAGUUGUCUCUCUCAAGUUAGCAGCAGCCUGCAGGCUUGAACUACUCUAUGGUGGGUUCAUGGUGUGUGGGCUUCACCUACAGCAUGGUGGGAAUGAGGUGUCUGCAAGCUACACAUUACACUGUGUGAUGGAUUUAGCCUUUGCUAGUACAGACCAAAAAAAAAAAAAAGGUUUCUGGGCUACAUGUUGCUUCGAUAGAGGUAUAGACCCACUGCUUCUGAGAGUGAUGGUAUACAUGGCUUCAGACCCAGAGCUGGUGAAAAACGUACCACCGCCAUGUUGGGAAGCUGAGGUGGGCAGAAAAUGCUGCAGUUUAAAGCAAUAGAUUCACUAUAAGACAGAUUCAGAUGGGAUAAACCUCUAAACAGUUUACAAUGUGUGCAAAAAUGUACGUAGGCUUGAAAGAGAGAGAACUUCUUCCUGUUUAAUCUGAGCUUUUAUUGUCUUCCUCUUCUGCCUUCUCAUUGACUCUAAGCCCUGCCACAUGACUUCCUCGUCACUGCCUGUCUAUACAGACCUCCAGGUCUCUUGGUUGGUACUGGGAUUAAAUGCGUUUGACUGUAUUCUUGACCACACAGAGACUCUGCUUGCCAUGUGGUCGGAUUAAGGGCAUGUGCUACCACCACCUGACUUAUGUUUAUGGCUCGCUAUAACCUCUGAUCUUCAGGCAAACUUAUUUAUUAACAUACAAAUAAAAUAUCACCACAUAAAGGAGACCCAAUUUCAGCAUUUCAUUAUAAUGUUACAGAAUAACAGCCUAAUACUUUCAAACAGCCAACCUUAAUUUAUCCAGUAACCUUAUAGGAACUGCCAAAUGAUAGAUAUCCCCAAGUCUGUGUAAGAGCUGAAUAGACACCUGUGCAAAUGUUAGAUUUGAGGAGAUUCAAGAAAGCAAUAGUCUCAUAUGGUACUCACUCACUAUUUGUGAAACAGAUUUUAAACUCAUGGUCAACUUGUAAUAGAACUAUCCCUCAACACUCAAGAGAUUGAUUUAUUACAGCACUGGAAUACCAAGAUUAACAUUCCUCCAAUCUCAGAAACAAACAUGUUUCUGGGAAAAAUGUUAGAAGGUAUUGUAAAGAAUAGUCAUUGACCAUUCAGGUUGUACAAGAAAAAGGCACAACAGCUGUUGGUCUUUCAAGGACAUCAAUAGCCCUACCUUUAAAGUGGUUAACAGUUAAGCCUGUAUGGGUUGAGCAAUGGCCUUUAACAACAGAGAAACUGCAGGCCUUAGAAGAGGUGGUACAGGAGCAGUUGAAUGCUCAGCAUAUUGAAGAAUCAACCAGCCUUAGGAAUUCUCCUGUAUUUGUUAUUAAAAAGAAAUCUGGAAAAUGGGGAAUGGUAACAGAUCUAAGAGCUGUUAUCAAGGUGAUACAGUCAAUGGGCUCUCAACAGUUUGGAAUUCUUUUACUUUCUCUGUUAUCUAAAGAAUGGUGUCUUAUAGUUAUCGAUUUAAAAGAGUGCUUUAUUAUCUUCACAAGGAAAAGAGAAAAAUUAGCUUUCAUGGUACCUACUUAUAAUAAUUCAUAGCCCAUUAAGAGAUAUCAAUUGAAGGCACUCUCAAAGGAAAAGUUUAAUAGCCCAACCCUGUGCCAACAUUUUGUAUGACAUCCAUUAGAAGUAAUUUGUAAGCAAUUUCCUCAAUCUAUAGUUUACCAUUACAUGGAUGACAUUUUAUUAGCUGAUUCAAAUAUAGGUACUUUAGAAAAAUGUUUGAAGAAGCAAAGCAAAAUUUACCUUGUUGAGGAUUACAAAUUGCUCCUAAAAGAAUACAAAGAGGAGAUUCUAUUAAUUAUCUUGGAUAUAAAAUAGGUUUACAAAAAUUAGACCCCAAAAGGUAUAAAAAAAAGUAGAGAUUGAUUGCAGACACUUGAUGACUUUCAAACAUAGCUAGGACACAUUUCUUAUCUAUGGCCCACUAUUGGGGUAAAAAAUAAUGAACUGAGUAAUUUGUUCAAAGCUUUAGAUGGUGACAAGGACUUAAACAGUCCAAGAGAAUUAUCAGCUGAAGCUGAGAGAGAAUUGGCUUUGGUUUAAAAGAAAAUACAAGAUGCAGAUUUGGAUUGUUUGGACCCAAAGCUUGAUUUUAUUUUGAUUAUUUUGACAUCUAAGCAUUCUCCUACAGGAAUAUUAAUGCAAAGUGAAGAUAUUAUCUUAGAAUAUAUCUUUUUACCACAAAGAUUAAAAUAUUAAAAAAUUACAUGGAAAAUGUUUGUGAAUUGAUUCUAAAUGAAAAAUUGAGACUUUUUCAGCUAGCAGGAAUAAACCCAGCAGAAAUUAUGGUAUCUUUUACCAAUGAUGAAAUUGACAAAUUAUGGGCAGAAAGUGAAUCUUAGCAAAGAACUUGCUGUAAUUUUUUUUGGGAGAAAUUAACAACAAAUAUCCCAAAAGCAAUAGAAUUCAACUGAUAAAGAGAACUAACUAGAUCCUGCCUCACAUAGUACAGAGAACAUGAAUAUCUGGAGACCCUAUAUUUUAUACUGAUGCAAACAAAUCAGGCAAGGCAGGUUACAAAUGAGAAAAUUUAAGUAAAGUGGCUCAAAGUUCUUAUAAUUAUUUCCAAAAGUCAGAAUUAGAUGCCAUUCUGGUGGUAUUAAUGGAUUUUAUGGAACCUCUUAACAUAGUUACUGACUCUCAGUAUGCAGAAAGAGUUGUUUUCUACACUGAAACUGCUGAAUGUAUUCCUGAUGAGUCAGAAUUAACUUCAUUAUUUAUUCAGUUACAAGAAAUAAUCAAAAAUAGGAAUCAACCCUUAUAUAUAACACAUAUCAGAUGUGCUGACCUCAGAAUGGAAACCAGGAAAUGUGUUACAUUGGGGACAAGGUUUUGCUUUUGUUUCCACAGGAGAGGAAAAGGUAUGGAUACCAUCACAAUUGAUCAAGGUUCAAUUUGAAAGAGGGAGACAUUUUAAUUAGAAGAGGUUCAUCAACCAGCAUAUGACCAUUCAAUUUAAAUGAACUUAUAUGACUAACAAAUGCUUUUCAUUUGAUUUUCUGUAACUUGCCAAAAAGGAACACCCCCAAAUUUAGGGUUGGGGCAGGGUUUUGUUUUUGUCUUUCAGGAGAAUCAAGGCUAAAUAAUCUGAAGAACACUGCACAAAUGAGACAUCUGAAGAAAAAGGACAAGUCAUCCAGAAAAAAUGUCCAAAGAAAGGGAGUAAAUUGGUCUAUUGGUAUAUUACAUCUAAAACUGGAUAAAAUUUCAUAAAUCUUUUUAAAUGUUUAUUUCUGCUGUUCUCUAUAGACACAUAACACAAAUGGUCUUUAUGUAGUCCCAGUUCAUUUAAAAUUAAACUAGCUUGGGAGUUGGAGUAUAGCUCUCUCCUUCUCUAAACCCAAGCAUGCUUGUUAAAGUAAAAUGCAAAAUCUCUGUAUUAUGUCAGGAGAGCCACCUGGUAGGGAACAGAAGAAAAAACAAAAUUAAGGAACUAGUCUAUUCCUAUUAAUCUCAUGAUCCUAUUUUGACACUUUAAAACUUCUUAAGGUAUGAGUUUUAUAUCAAAAUUUAUAUUUGUAUAUAUUAAACUUUUGUCAUGAUAUUAAUGGUCAUAUAGAUUACCGCUUCUAGAAAAAAAGUCUUCAUCUAGCUUCCUGUACAUGAUUUUGGGUUUGAGUCUCUAUCAGUUUUCUGCAAUGAGCCAUGACAAUGUCUAAAAGUGACCUUGGAAGUCUCCAAAAGGAUGAUGGAGCCCCAUAAUGUCAAUUACACCAGGACUGUGAUAAUGCCACCAAGCUGAAAAACACUACCCAAAGAUCACUUCUGGACUACAAACUGCACAGGACAAUUUUGAGAUGGCUAGCUGAAUCAAUCCAGCCUCACAGACUACUCUAGCCAGGACUUAAGACAAGCCCUGUACUUUCCUAUUAUGCACAGACUGGACAACAAAUGGUACAGCUACCUCUCCACAGACUUGACAGUUAACCCAAAAUUUUCUUUCCAGGAUCCCCUAAAGAUGCUGUCUCCCCCAGACAGCAGGAAGUAAAUUUGAGAACACGAUGCCCACAUUCCCAAGAGGUGGGGUAGGUGGGUUUUGGUCAUUUAAUGGGCUACGGAUAAUUGUCCUUCUUUAGGAUGUUUGGUUACAAGUUGUUAUUGUUAAUGGUCAGGAAAAAAGCUAAACUAUUGGUGAAAUUAUUAAGGCCACUCCACGUAGUUAAAAGGAGAUUUAUUUAAUGGCGUAACUUACAAAUUAAGGGAUAGGUAGGUCGCGGAGUCUGGGGAAGGUGUAUCGCAGUCCAGCAGUGUUCUCUGGAGCUCUACUUGGUACACCUCUCCAGUCCAGGGUCCCGCAACAGAGAGCGAGCCCGCCGAUCCAGAUCUCAGGUCCCCAGGUGCCUCCUUUUGCCCCGCCUUGUAGGCGUGACAGUUGCCGAAGUCUCAAUGGGGGUUGGAACUUCCAGAUCAAAGCUGGAAUGGCUACCCACUACAUCUCCCCCUUUUUGUCUAAAUAAGAAAGUUCUAACCUAAUACAAGACUAUAUACAAAGGAAUGGUUAUCAAAUAUAGUCCAGGAAUAAUGAGGGAUAAUGACCUAGAUAAGAUGGAACUACAACCAAUGCAAACAAUAUCAAGCAAGAAACAUAUACUAUAAUCCAGAGAAGUAUAGAGCAUAGGUAAAUGGUAUGUUACAAAGAUCCUUCCAAAAGGUGUCCUAUCCUAAAGAACCUGAAUCUAAUAUUAAUAUGUUCUAUCUACUAAGUUGUAACUAUAACUGCUAGUCUUUAAUCCCAUCAAAGACCUGAGAAGGAAUAUAAUGGUACCUGAGGAAUGGUAGAUUCUUGUUUUGAAAAGAAAAAAGGAGGAUACAGAUAUAAUAUAAAAGGGUAGAUUAUUGAAUCUACCCUGAAAAGAAGAAAAAGGAAUAUAGAUAUAAGAUAAAGUUAGAUUAUUGAAUCUACUUUUAAAAGGCAACAGCUAAUUUUAAUUAUUUUACAUUGGAUUGAAAUUUUGUAUAUUGUAUACAAAUUGUGUACAUUGACACAAAAUUGAGAUUAUUUUUGUUGGAACAUACUGUAUGCACAUUUCUACUCUUGUUCAAGGUAUUGAACCUAUACAGUUCAUCUAAUAAUGUAAUGUAUGUUGCUAGACCUUGAAAGUCAUUAUUACAAACUAAUUAGUAUAUAAAUAAAUGCAAGUUACUAGUCUUUAUAAUCAAACUUAUAGUCAUAUUAGGUAUAUUAUCAAGGUCAAACAUAGAUAUAUGUUAGAUAGGUCAUCUUCAAAUAUUUCAGCAAUCUACAGAAUAUGGCAUUGAAGAUAUUUUAAUAACAUAGGUUUUUUUUUUAUGACAGUGAGACAAGUCUGCUCCUGGCAGUGCAAAUCUACUUCAGAGAAGCUGAUGGGCCUUGAAGAAACUCAUUAUGGAGUUUACUUUCCUUGUGGAAAAUCUUAGUCACUGGGCAAGAAAAUGUCUUUUCCUUGACUGCUCACAGUAUGCUGUCCAAAUGGACAAGCAGAACACAAAAAAGAGGCCUUCUGAACCUUGCCAAGACAAAGUAGGAAAGUCCUUCAGAAUGUCAUGCUUCACAGAUAAGUCUUAAGAUGUGCUAGACCUGUAGGCUGAAGAUGGAUGCCGCACUUUGGAGAGGAACCUUGGGGAACAGUCCCAGCAGCCAGCUGUUUCUAUCUUUUCUCACAUUUUUUGGAAGUCACUUAUUUGCCCUUCCUGUUGACUCAGGUAAUAUUAUUUCCUUCUUGGGUCUCUGAGUGAGUUGAAGAUUAGAUAGUUAUAGUUUUCCUUGUUAACAAAUUCAGAGAAGAAACACACUAAGGAGGUAUAAAGUGUAUGUUUCAAAAGAUAGUUUGGGGUUGGUAAUACAAGUUAGGAUAGAAAGUGAAUUAGGUACAACAUUUUGGACUCACUAAAAUAGGAUAAAUAAUGGAGAAUUUUCUCUGAAUUUGUCAAAUUUUUAUGGACUGGACAUUAUUAAUGUAAUUCUUGACUGUAUAUAUUGUAUAACCAUUGUACUUAUUAUAUAUAGUUUUUCUUAUAUUAGUUAUAAUCUUUAUUUUAGACAAAAAGGGGAAAUGUGGUGAUAUAUUGUUUGUAAUCUAUGAAAUAAAUCUUGCCUGAAGAUCAGAGGAUAGAGCUAGGCACAGAGUGAUCUGUAGACGUCAGGCAAUGUUGGCACAUACCAUUGAUCCUAGCACUUUGGACUCAGAGAGAGAUCAAUCUGGAUUUCUGUGAGUUAAGGCAACAGUGGGCUACAUGAGAUUAAUCCAGUCUAAAAAAGAAACAGAGGGGCUGAAGAGUUGGCUCAGUGGUUAAGAGCACUGGCUGCUCUUCCUGAGGUCCUGAGUUCAAUUCCUAGCAACCACAUGGUGGUUCACAACCAUCUAUAGUGGGAUCUGAUGCCCUCUUUGGCACAAAGUCAUACAUGUACAUAGAGCACUCAUACACAUUAAAAAAAAUAAAUAAUUUAAAAAAAAAAAACAGAACUGGGUAGUGGUGGCACACACCUUUAAUCCCAGCACUUGGGAUCACACACCUUUAAUCCUAGCACUAGGAAGAUUGAAACAGGAAGUGAUAUUGAUGGGCAGAGAAAGGAAUCUAAGGCAUGAGGGGACAGGAACUAGCACUCUUUCUAGCUGUGGAGUUGGUGAAGUAAGAGGCUGUCGUUUGCUUUGCUUCUCUGAUCUUUAAGCUCUCACCUUGAUAUCUGGCUCCAGGUUUUUAUUAUGAGACCAAUAAGGAUUCUUUCAAGUAUAGGGGUAUUUUAUAAGGCUUCUUCAGAAAUCUUUACUCUUGGUUUACACACACACACACUCUUCAUCCCUUCUCCUUGCCUUAUUCCCAGUUAAACAUUUGGCACACAUGAUCCAAUGCCAAAUUCUUUUAUAACAUAUGUUCUACUAUGCUUUAAUUGUAUUUUUUAUUUGAGUUGCAAAAUGAUAGGUUCCCAUGUACCUUCUUCACAGACAUCUCAUUUGAGUUGAUCUUUCAGCAAUCCACUCUCCACUACAUAUUUCAAAAUUCUGCCUCCAGGAUUCCUACUCACUAAUUUCAUAUCACCUGUAGUCUACUAUCUAUCCUCUCUGCCUCCAUCUCCCCACUAAUGGUCUAUUUCUAGAUGCCUGGCUUCUACAUAUAGUCUUACGUGAACACACAAAACAAGUUUGUAGCUUAGACACACAGAUGUGAGAGAACAUGUGAUGUUCUACUUUUGAGGCCUAGGUAUCUGAAUUCAUCAUAAUUUCCAUUUUCUUGCAUGUAUAUCUAGAUUUCACACUUUCAUUUCAUUUACACCUUAAUAAUAUUCUUUGUUAUGUAGAAAAGUAUCAUGUUUUCAUUCACCCAUGUUUCAGUUCAUGGACAUCCAAGUUGAUUCCAUUUCCUAGAUACAGUGAAUAAAGCAUCAAUGAACUUGA